AAACAAGACAUCUGUCCAUUUCGUCUGUCUGUCCUAACAUAAACAAAGCAUCGCGCUUUAUUUUGAAGAUGUUAUUUUAAUAGUAAUGAAAGGUGCCGCAUGUAAAAGUAUUUCAGCAUGUCUUACCCAUUGAAGUAUAAUGUUUCAAUCUCGAAUAAUGUGUUUCUCCAAAAGAAAAUUAUCUGCUUUUAUAUUUCAUGAAAUUGGCAUAAAAAAUACAUUACUGAAUUCAAAUCAGUUCUUAAAAAUGAAAAGAAGUUUGCAUUUUUGUCCUGCUCAUCUAUGCAGCUCCAUACCAUCUACAAUUGCAGGAAAUAAAUUAUUUUGUGAUACUUCUCAAGCUUGUUUAGCAGAAAAUCAUCCCUUGUACAGACUAUAUCCUUCUGUAGAUCAAGCUUUUUUCUUUGGUGAUUUAUCAGAAUCUGAUUUAAGUUUAAUUUCUGAGAGAUUUGCAUUAAAGGGUUUGAAUAUUCAGUAUUUUCAUAAAUACAAUAUCAAGAUUUCAUCUGAUAUGAAAACUGUGUUAUUUCCAUUUGAUUCUUUAAGCAGAGAAUUUUCAGCUAUUCAGUCCAUAUCUUAUAAAAAUGAUGAUGAGGGAAAAAGAGUUGUAUCUGAUAUUACCCCCAAGUUAAAUGAUCCAGUGCUUUUUGGUUGGUCUUUAGUUGGAAGUACUGAAAGAGUAGUAGUUGUAACAUCUGAUCCUCUUGAUGCUAUUGCUGUAAACCAAGAAACUGAUUUACCUGUGAUUUCAUUGCCAUAUAAUUUCAAAAAUUUCUCUCCAGAUAUACUUUCUGCAUUAAAGCCAUUUGCUAAAGUUAUUUUCUGGUUGAAACCACAUUUACAUGACUGGGAAACACAUAAGAUUCUUGGAAAUCAUCUUGGUAAAAGUGCCUUUUUUAUUAGGCCAAGUGAUUUUCAGUGUGCAUUGUUAAGCCUCCAGAAUGAUUUUAAUUUAAGACAUAUUUUGCGAGAAGCUUAUCCAAUGCAUGAUGAAGAUUUAGAAACAUUUGAUUCUUAUGUAGGCGAAAUUCUUGAAGAAUUAAAAGGCUAUGAAAAAGCUGUUGGUUUGAAGUGGAAAAGAUUUUUCGUUUUAAAUGAACUUUUGAAAGGUCAUCGUAGAGGUGAACUGACAAUUUUUUCAGGUCAGACUGGUACUGGUAAAACUACAUUUAUGAGUGAAUAUUCUCUGGAUUUAUGUGCACAAGGACGUCCUACUUUAUGGGCAAGUUUUGAGAUUAGUAAUGUAAGAUUAAUGAAGACCAUGCUUUUACAAUAUUCAAGGUGCUCAUUGAGUGAAAAUAUUGAUGAAUUUGAUUACUGGUCUGAGGAGUUUCGUAAACUUCCAAUGUUCUUCCUUAAUUUUCAUGGCCCACGUUCUUUGAAAAAGAUAUUAAAGGCUAUGACUAAUGCUGUAAUUGUGUAUGAUGUCCAACAUGUCGUAGUAGAUAAUCUUCAAUUUAUGAUGAACAUGGAAGAUUAUAAUUCUUCAUUAGAUCAGUAUCGAAGGCAAGAUCAAAUAUAUUCAACAUUUCGAGAUUUUGCUUCUCGACUGAACUGCCAUGUAACUUUGGUGAUUCACCCACGCAAAGAACCAGAAUACUCAGAACUGAAUAAUACAUCAAUAUCAGGGACAGCAAAAGCAACUCAAGAAGCAGAUAAUAUUAUUAUAUUGCAAACUACUAAAAAUAGGCAGUAUUUGCAGGUAAUAAAAAAAUAGAUUUGAUGGUCAUAAAGGAUGUGUAGUUCUUGAGUUUGACAAAAGAACACAGACAUUUAGUAUGAAGAAAAUGAAUUCAAAGCAAGCAAAACAAACUUCAGAAAUUUUAUGACAUAUGAUAUGAUGAUAUGUGAUUUUAAUUUUUUUUCAAAUACAUUUAAUAUUAAGAAAAAUCGUAUGAUGUUAAUCAUUUUGUAUUAUGUUGCAUUUAUCAUUGUAAAAAAUGGAUUGUGCUUUUCAUGAAUAUGUAUAUACAUCAUAGUUGUCCUAUUUAAGGGCCCAGUUUAAAAAAAUGAAUCAAAUAAAAUAAGUUAAUAGCUUA